GAUCCCUCCAUCCAUAAUCGGCACAGAAGAUGGACAGUUCCGAUUAUCCAUCCACCUCUGCAUGUGGAAGUACGCUUGUACCUAGGAAUCGGCAAGAUAAAGGAUAAGAAUAUUAGUUACUCAGCAAAUGGUGAUGGAGAUUUGGGAGGGAGAACAAUGCUCUUUGGUGCAGCGUUAGUGUGGAGAAAUACGGUGAGUCAGAUAGGGGAUGCAAGCAAGGUAUCAGAAGCAGGGCAGCUCUCUCAAAAAUGUUGUCAGGAUUCAUGGCUUUGGGUGAUCAGUCAAAGCCCUGGGGCAAACUGUUGGAGGGGAGUUUUCAUUGUGGUAAACGACAGUCAAUCGGUCUGCUUUUGGGAAGAUGAAUGGGUCAAUGAUUGUUCGUUGGCCACAAAAUUCUCAUGGCUUUCAGAAUCGCAUGCGCAACAAGGGUGCUUCAGCUUCAGUGAGAGAAUGCCUUGAGCAUCGUGAACAUAAAUGGGUGUGGGUCAUCACCAGUGGAAGGAAUCUCAGGGAGGUAGAGAUGGAAGAUCUCCACGCCUUACUAAACUUGUUGGAAGAGAUGCAUCUCAGUCACCGAGGCGAGGAUAUUAGAUUCCGGAAGAUAGAAUCAUCGGGCUUUGAGGCAGUUGGAGUGGUGACAGCUGUGGGACCUGGACUGACCGGCAUGAAAGAGGGGGAUAUCGUUGCUUAUGCAGAAAACCCAAUGGGAUCUUACACUCAAGAACAGAUCCUUACUGCGAGUGUUGCGGUGCGCGUUCCACCUUCUAUCGAUCCAAUUGUCGCAGCAUCCAUCAUGCUUAAGGGUCUGACAGCACAGUUCCUCGUACGCCGAUGCUUCAAGGUUGAACCCGGGCACACCAUCCUUGUCCAUGCAGCAGCUGGAGGUGUUGGGUCUCUACUCUGCCAGUGGGCACAUGCCCUUGGUGCCACCGUCAUUGGAACCGUGUCAACCGAAGCCAAAGCAGCUCAAGCAUCUAAGGAUGGAUGCCACCAUGUCAUAAUCUACAGCCAAGAGGACUUUGUCAGCAGGGUCGAUGAGAUAACGUCCGGUGAAGGAGUCAACGUGGUCUAUGAUUCUGUCGGGAAAGACACAUUCCAGGGAUCGUUGGCAUGCUUGAAGACUCGCGGAUACAUGGUGAACUUCGGGCAGUCAUCUGGUAUGCCAGACCCUGUUCCGUUGUCAGCCCUCGCUGCCAAAUCCUUGUUCCUGACAAGGCCCUCACUCAUGCAAUACAAUGCAACUCGAAAUGAGCUGCUGGAAGCUGCCGGAGAACUGUUUGCCAGCAUUGCGUCAGGUAUGCUGAAGGUCCCUGUUAACCACACCUACCCUCUGUCUCAAGCCGCGCAGGCUCAUGCAGACCUUGAGGCAAGGAAAACCACUGGUUCUGUGGUGUUGAUACCAGAUUCCGACUGAUAUGUUGCAAACCCGAGGUGUUUGGAAGAAACUAAAAUGGUCUUUUAAUAGAUAUAAUCUGAACUUGGAGAUUGAAAAUUUUGGUGAAUACAUGCACGUAAUGCAGGUUUGGAUGAA